UCGCGACUUCACGGCCGCGCCCACCUCACAUCAAACUUGCCUGCGCAGCAGGCCGCUCUCCUUAAGAACCUCAUCGAGACGUCUCAGGGAAUAAGCGCAUCCCUGAAUCCGUAUACGAUAUGCAAUCCCUGCGUACCAGACGAGAUGCCCCGACAGGAAAGUCUCAGCGACAGCCAGCUCGCACCCCACGGCCCAAUGGCGGAGCCACACCCCGUCGCGACGCGCGCAAGUCCCGCGUCGACGACAAGAUCAAGAAACGGAUGUCGAUGCGCUACGCGGAUAUCUCGAGUCCCGGUGACCUUGGGAUACCUUCUAUGCCCCCCAUCCCCGCGCUUCCGGGAAGGACGGCAGGGAGCAGGGAGCAGGAUGAAGUGGUGAUGGAUCGGGGGCGUGAACGGGAGGACCGCGGUGCCGACGAUAAGAAGCUCUUGGAUAAGGAUGAUUUUGACCCGGAUAUCUUCCUCAAAUUGAAGCUUGCAAACUCUACCGAAUACGAGCUGAAGUCUCUCCAGUCAUCGCUGCGAAAUACGAAGGAUGAUACCGCUUCCGAGUUGCAGCGGAAUGUGUUCAAGAAUUAUGCGGAAUUCGUGCUCAUCUCGAAAGAGAUCUCGACUCUGGAGAACGAAGUGCUCGAGUUGAAAGAAUCCCUGUCCGAAUACAAGUCGAUGCCCUCCCUACUCAACAUCCCCGAUCCGACGGCCACAACUUCCGCCGGCCUCUCAUCCUACCGUCGUUCCUCCGUCGCUGACUUGCGUAUCAUGUACUUCAAUCAGAUGCAGACCCUGCACUCACAAAUCGAGGGCUCAGCCAAAUUCGCACCGACCACACCAGGCCGACACGUUGUUGCCGAGUUCGAGAACGUGAUUGGCCUCAAUGCUGCGACAUAUAAGGCGACUGGGAAGGUCAAGUUUGUGGUGCUGGACGAUGCUGUUCUCGUGGCCCGAAGACGCCGGCGGGGUGGUGACGGCGGUACCUUGCGCGAAGGAAAGCUCGUAGCGGAGCGCUGCUGGCCUUUGAACGACAUGCUCGUUCUUGACACCAAGGACUCGCCGAGUAUGACGAACGUCUUGAAGAUUCGACAGGGAAAGGAGACCCAUGUCUAUCGCACCGAGACACCCGGGGAGAAGAAGGCUUUGCUGACCCAGUUUCGCUUGGUCGCAGAAGAACUUGCCGCCAAGAAACGCAAGGAACGCGAGGGCGAGCAUGAGCGACGGAAAAGCAUGUGGAACGGUGGUCCAACGGGCGACUCGGAUCGGCCUCCGUUGCCUGAUUGGAUGGCAGAUCUCGCGCGGAGAGCGGGGGACACCGAACAAGUCAGCGAUGCGAAGGAAAAGGCCGAACGAGAUGGGCGAUGGGCGACCGAAUGGGCAGACAAUCUCACUGUGUCUAUUGCCCUGCGUGAAUGGGAAAAAGCGACAGAGCUGGUCGAGUCAGGCAAAUCCCAGCUCGCGACGAACACUCUGCUCGCCUCGAAACUUCCUCCGCUCACAGCGCAGCUGACGUCUGCUCUGUUGGGGUCGCUAGCCUCCCCGACCAAUCGCAAGAGCUCUGUGGUUUCUCUGAUCUCGCUGUUGCUUCGGCUCAACGCCGGGCCUGCUGCUCGCACAGCGUUCCUCAAAAUGCGCACAGCAGUGAUGCAAAGUCACGUGCGGCGGAUCCGAUUCGAGGGACAUGUUGGUGCAUACGUCGGGGAUCUGGCUGUCGUGUACUUCACCGGUAUCAAACACACUGCGGACUGGUUCUUGGCCAGCUUUAAAGAGAACGAAGUCGCGAGUGCGUUCAUUGACUGGGCCAAAACUCAGAUCGAAGAUUACGGGGAACUGUUUAGGACUCAGGUCUAUUCGUCGGAUGUGGAUCCCAAGGUCGUUGACGAGGCCAUGACCAUCACAUAUGCCCAGAGCAAGAAGGUGAUCAUUUCUUUUCGUUCACUUGAACGCUCAACUCAUGAAGCUAUUGCAAAGCUCUUGCAAGAAUACGGCCUCGACUUCCGCUUCCUCUUCAAUGAUGUGCUGUCGGAAAAUCCCAAAGGCAAUAUCCUCGUCCCCACGAAUUUCACGCUGCAAGGCCAUCAAGUGACCAAAGCCCCGCGUCAUGCCCCACCGGCCCUCACCCUUUCGGCGUCUAGCUCUAGCAGCAGAGAUUUGAAGGUCAACGUCACACCGCCUCUCCCGAGCGCACCGCCCACCGCGAGCAGCCCCAUGUUCAGCCCAUCCCCGCCUCUGUCUUCCAGCGGAUCCCGUGAACCACUCACUGCGACCCGGAGUGCUUUCAGAAUCGCGCCUGUGCCACGUGCUAGCUCACCGGCUUUCUCCGAACCGCCGGUCGCGUCUCCCGCCCCCCGGCGUACUCGCUCGCCGCUGCCGACCGGUGGCGGGCCGCGAUCACAGACGCCGUCGGGAACACGUGAGCGGCCGAUGCGAUCCCGUGCCAGUCCUGCGCCCAGUGCUGGGCCGCCACCGCGUAGCUCGAAUCGGCCUGGGAGUGGGAUGACGCCUCCUCGUGUUCCGUCUGCUGCCGUUCCCCAGCGAGAGGGCAUGUUUUAGGCCGGAGAAUUUUUGUAGGAUACCCUGGAAUGUCCUUUUUCAAGAAGUAUAUUGAGGUGGAUGCCGGGAUUUGGGACUGAGAGAUCUUUUCUCAGAUCGUCCGAUCCGUCUCCUUUUUCGUCGAUGAAGAUGGGCUCCUUAAAUUCUGCAUCGGGGCAGUCGCCAGUUUCGACACGAGAUAGACGUGUGCAAUCGGCGGAAAGCGGCGCUCGUCAUUAUUCUCGUGUGGCUCAUCCUGAUUGUAGGGCGGCCUUCUAAAGCAGCACUUGCUCUUGAAAGAUCGCUUUGAUUACCGUGAACAUGUGGCUAAGACAUAAAACAUCCAGCUGAAAGAGGAAGCGAUCCGCAAAGCUGCUGUAGCGCUUGUGGACUCGAGCGCAGUCCCUACAAAUGACAAAUGUAUCACGCCAACAUUGAUGGAGUGCACUUCGGUGCGGCUGUUUGAGUGUGUCAAAUGGCGCCUGGUUUGAGUCUACCCUUGUACCGCCUCUCCCUCCGUCUAUAUAUAUACCUUUCACGCGUGAUCAUCUCGUCGCAUGACUUCCUUAUGCUGAGAAUGAUCCUUCAAUUGGCACUCAAAGGUAUUACGAAUCUAUCAAUCCCAGGCUGUCUGUUGUGU